CCUGUACAAUUCUAAAAAAAAAAUAGGCUAUAGCCAAUUCUAAUAAACGUUAUCAAAAUCACAAAACAACAAAAUGUUAUGAACAAUGGUUAUUAUGAUUAUAAUUUUCUAAAAACAUUAAAAAAUGUCAUUUGAAGUAUGUAUAAGUGACUUAUUAGAUUUUAAUAUUUUCAAAAUAUAAUGUAUUAUUAUUCCUAACGACUCGAUAUCAAAAUUGAAUAAUAGGUGAUUUUGUUAUUUUAUAUUUGUUGUUUGUAGUCCUCUGUUAGUAAAAUUUAUCUGCCUUAGAAUGAAUAAAAUGCGAAUGGUUUUUGUUUUGGACGCUGGCGUGCUGCUCGCUCUACAACUCGUACAACUCUUUAGCUUGGAUUUUUAUGUGUGGAUCGUCUUCCGGGGUACAUGGUAUUCAAGGUACCCGAACUCGGUAUUUGUGGCCCUCAAUUUGGUAUUGACGGUACUCUUCUACCACACGUUCCUGAACAGUUACAAAGAGUAUAGGUACAGGCAGACGCAGAAAGCCGAUUUUGAGACUCCAAGUUCUGUCCAAUCAAAGACUAAAAAGUACCCAGUGUACCUAAAUUGCAUCACUUGGGGCGUAUAUGUCAUAAUUUUGUUCAUCAAGAUUGUAUUGAUUUUCUCUAACAAUGUCGUCUCGUUGAUCAGUUACAACAACUUUAUGGGACCACAAAUGCUCAAGGUGAGUAAUAAUAAAUAGAUGCAUAUGUUAUAAUUUAUUUUAUUUUAUUUUUUAAAAUAUCUUUUCAGUUGCUCAUUGGGUUAUCUGGUAUUAUAUUUUAUCUGUUGGUCAAUGCUGAAUGUGUCGGACGCCAAUUGGACCGUGAAAAAUGGGUAACAAAUUCGUGGAUCAUAGAAAUUUUUGACUCUGUUGAACUUUUGUCAAUAAUCAUAUCCACAAAUCAUCAAAUUGGCCAUGUACCCUAUUUAAUUUAUACUUUGACCUUUGCUAACUUCAUGCUGCCAUUAUGGAUACUAUAUAGUAUAUCUCAACCAGACAUUGAUAUUAAACCAAUGGGCCUUCCCCAGCCAGUGUGUUAUAAUUUUUUGCAUUUAAUUUUAGUACAAAUGCCAUUUUUAGGAAUACGUUUAUAUAUGUGGGUUGUUUUCAAUCACAAUGCUUCUGUAUUCAUUAUGAAAAAUCUUUUACAUAUCAUUUUGUUUUUACAUUCACUGUACCCACAUAUAAUUGAGAUUUCCAAGAAAAAUCAAUAUAGCCCUGAAAGUUUCUUUGAUGAAGCAAAUCCGGAAAUUAUUUUGACCAAUCGUAGACACGAGGAACCCGCUGAAGUGUUUUAACAUGAUUAUAUUCAAUAUAAUAAUAAUUCAUUAUAAUGUUUGAUAUGUUAACAUAUAUGACUCAAUCAAAUAUGUAUAUAUAUUAUACAGAUGAUCAAUUUUCCUUAUGACACCUAUUAUGUUGUAAGGUAUAUUUUUUUAGAAUUUUCUUUUGGAAUAAUUGCAGAUACAUGUGAUUCUCAAAUUUAAUGUUAUUCUUCUUUUUUCACACUUAGGUCUGGUGUUGAAACCGCUGCUAUAUAUGUUUUUAAAACAAUAACCUCUAUUCAAAAUUUCAUAAAUUAAUGACGUUUUUGUUUUACAAAAUUAAUUUUAAUUAAUUAUCUAUUUAAAAUGUCUACAUCUUGUGUUAAUUUCAAACAAUUUCAAUUAACUUGUUGGUUGUUUAUUAAGAAAUUAUCUCAUCACAAACAAAAAAAAAUUAGAAUUCUAAUCAUUUUUAGUUCAUUAUAUUAAAUCAAUAUAUUCAAUAAAAUAAUUAGGAUAAUUUGUAGUUCGUAUUUUUGUUUUUUAACAACUAAUUUAUUAUAUAAAGUAUAAAAACUAAUGUGAGAUAAUCUCUACACUCCACCAAUGGUUAAGAAAUUUAAAUAUAUAUACAACGAGAUUAACAAUGGUUAUGGCAAUAAUACGUUUAUAAUGUUUUAUGUUUAAACACUUGCAUAAUAUGUUAUAUCUAUUCUUAGUGUUUACUUUGGUGAACACUAUAAGGAUUUUAAUAUUUUUAAAUUGCUUAGUCAUUUUUAUUUUAUUACAUUUAAUUAACUAUUGUUAUAACAUUAAUUACGCUUAUUUGUAUGAAUUUAUGGGAAUAGAUAACAUUUAGUAUGUUCCCAUACAAACUGCCCUAAAUAUAAUGUAUAAUAAUUAAGACUGAUUAAAAUGGUAUAUUUUUAUCAAAUAAUUUUUUAAUCUCAUUAUUAAUGUAUUUCAAAAUCUGGAACUGCCCAAUGUUUGAUCUCAUUUGACAUUACAUUUUUUGUAUUUAAUUUUAUAUUCAUAAUUUCCUAUAUUUUUUUUAAACUAAAUUAAGUUUACAUUAUUAUAGAUUAUAAACCUAACUAUUUUAAAUAUUUUUACAAGUGCUAAAUUUAUUUAUAAAGUUAUAAUUACCUAUAGUUAAGUGAUUAUGUAUAACUGAUUAAAUAUAUUAUUUAGUUCACGAUAAUAUGAUAAUAAUACUAUAUUUUAUAAUUUUAUAAGAUUAACAAAUUGUAUAGUAUUAUAGAUUUUUAUUUGAAAUAAAUAUCAGUACUUAUAUUAGUUUUAUUAUUAGUAAUUAUUAGAAUUCUCAAUUUAAAAAGUGAAUUAAUUCAAAUGUGAAUAGUGAAUUUAGUAUCUGUGUUUUAAUGUUAUUCGUGUAUUUUUGGAUAUUAAACGAUCAUUUUAACAUAGUACCUAGUUACUACAGUGCGAAUAUAAUUAGGGGAUGACCAGCUUUUACGACUGUCAAUGUUCAGGUGAUAAACUGAUUAUUAUUAUCUACUAUUAUUGCAUGUAAGAAUUUUAGUAUAUUUGUUAAUACUAAAAUAAGUAAAUACAUAUGUACAUGUGAAAUAGUGAGCUCUAGUACUUGCAUUAAUAAAAUUAUUAACCUUUAUUAUUAAUAUACUUUAUACUAUAUUAC